UCUGUCCUCCAGUGGCGAUACUCGUGCAUUGCACUGAGAGGUAAUGUUUUGUUUUCCUUUUCACCGGGAAUUAAUUAACAUUAGCCUAAUAACACACGGUUUAAAGGUUUCAUAGGAUACAGAAGCAGUCCUAACGUGAGCUAAAUAAAGUAAAUAACAAGCUGCAGAAGAGGUUAAAGGUAAUUUGAUGCACUUUUCAUCACCACGUUUCGUUGCAUAGAGUCCUGCUGAGAUAGGAGGAGGAACACGUUGAAGCUGUCAGCUGAGUAGGUAAAACCAGUCUGGGUGCAACAACAUUACUGGUCUGUUCCUCAUCUGUCGCCGGUCCGUCGGCAUGGCAGCGCAAGGUGUCUCUCGCUGUCUGCUCUCCUGCGGGCUCCUGCUGCUGCUCUGCUUGUCUGAAGCUCUGCCAGCUGCCUCAGAGACCACCACCAGAAGGACCUACUAUGAAACCCUCCGUGUGGAGCCGACAGCGACCGACAGCCAGAUCAAGAAGGCUUUCCGCAUCCUGGCCAUCAAAUAUCAUCCAGAUAAGAACAAGAGCGCCGAGGCAGAGGUGAUCUUCAGAGAGGUCGCUGAAGCCUACAAGGCGCUCUCCAACAAAGAGAAGAGGAGGCUGUAUGACAGUGUCGGCCAUGAGGCUUUCCUAAAGAAUGAAGGCUCUGGCCCCAACUACCCACACGAGUCAGGCUUCCCCUUCCACUACGGUCAUGAAGAACCCUUCCCCUUCGGUCAUGAAGAACCCUUCCACUACGGUCAUGAAGAACCCUUCCACUUCCACGACUUCAAUGACGGCCCCUUUGUGGAGGACCCUUUCAUGUGGAGCUUUCAUCAGGAUGGAGAGGCGGGGGACGUUCCAUAUGAACAUUACAGUUUUGCAGAGCCAGGCUUUGGCUUUUUUUAUGGGGAUGAAGAUGAAGAAGACCACCACCACCACUACUACUAGAUGUCCAGUGUCUGUGUCCUGUAUGACUGUUUUAUUGUAUUGUCUUUUACUGAUAAUAAAGUCUCUAUAUUGAAUGA